GCGGAAGUCGGUGACGCAGACAAUCAGAUGGGGACUAUGAAAUAAACAAAACAUCGCCAUUGACACUGAAAAAACGGGGGCUGCGAGCAGGUCUGGAUUCGCUGAGCGGCCCGACAUGGUGGUGUUGGAGGGACAGGCCUUGAGUGAGUGAGCACCGCGCGCUGGCUGGGAUGAACAUGCCACUGCACCAGAUCUCGGUCAUCCCCCGCGAUGUCACCUCCUCCAGGGUCUCGGCCAGUGGGAAGGCCAAAGAGAAGGACCGCGACAAACAGAAUGAGAAGACGCUGGGUCAUUCUGCAAGCCGGUCCAGCAACAUUUCAAAGGCGGGAAGCCCUACCUCCGUAAAUGCCCCCUGCAGCUUCUCAAGGACAUCGGUCACCCCCUCGAACCAGGACAUCUGCAGUUUAAAUAUGGCGGCCGUAGAUCAGGGCUCCCAGAAUGCCAAGCAGACUGCUGUGGUGCUUCUCACCUCCAAUGGCAAGGCCUCGGGGUCGCAGGGCGUUACCGUGACGACCCUGUGCCUGGACCCCGGCCCCAGGCCCAAGUGCAGACCUCCCUUUGGUGCAGAAUGGCUGUCUCUGCUCAAGCCCUCCUCGGGCCUGCGGUCUGAACGCACGCUCAAGUUCUCCAGGUCCCUGAACGACAUGGCCCAGAAGGUGGACAGCCUGUGUGGUGGGCUGCGUUUCAUCGACAGGACGUGCUCCGAUGGAGAACUGGGCUCCGAGCCCAAGGCCUGCGCGGCCGACGGCAAGCCUGUCCAUCCGACCUCGCCCUCCCCCGCCCUGGUGCCCUGCAUGGUCUCCCGUGACUGCGCCCCCUCGGACCUCCAGCGGAGCUCCCACCUUCGGCGGUUCCUGCUCCCGUUCUCACACUCCUCCACCGGGGGCAGCCUGGGCGGCUCGGAGCUGGGCAGCUACACCUCACGGCUGCUGAUGACCGAGUCUUCUAGCGCCCUGCUGGAGGGCCGAGAGCCCGGUUGCCCGGGCGAUGAACCCGGCGACGAUGACGUGUUUGAGGACGACCCCAGGUCGGGUCUGGGGCUGGGGUCGGGGGGCCUCCGAGCUCCCGUCUGCUCUCUGGAGGGGGACAGCGACCUGGACCACUGCCCCUCCCCGCUGUCGGAGAAAAACGCCCCGCUCUCGCCCUAUUCGCUGUCGGGCGACUGCUGCAGGAUCUGCCACUGCGAGGGGGAUGAGGACAGUCCGCUGAUCACGCCCUGCCACUGCACUGGGAGCCUGCGCUUCGUGCACCAGGCCUGCCUGCAGCAGUGGAUCAAGAGCUCCGACACACGCUGCUGCGAGCUCUGCAAGUACCAGUUCAUCAUGGAGACCAAACUCAAGCCGCUCCGCAAGUGGGAGAAGCUGCAGAUGACGUCCAGUGAGCGGCGGAAAAUCAUGUGUUCGGUCACCUUCCACGUCAUCGCCAUCACGUGCGUGGUCUGGUCCCUCUAUGUGCUGAUCGACCGGACGGCCGAGGAAAUCAAACAAGGGAUACUGGAGUGGCCGUUCUGGACGAAGCUGGUGGUGGUAGCGAUUGGCUUCACUGGCGGACUGGUCUUCAUGUACGUGCAGUGCAAGGUGUAUAUUCAGCUCUGGCGGAGACUGAAGGCCUAUAACAGAGUAAUAUACGUGCAGAACCGCCCCGAGACCUGUAAAAAACUGGUUUUCGAGAAGCCAGCCCUCAUGGAGCCGAACUUUGAGAACAAGGAGGCUCUGGUACCCCCUCAGUCCGACACAAACUCUUCUCAGUACACAGAGACUGAGGACUACAGCAUGGAAAUCCUACACGUGUGACGGACCCUCUGUCGCCCCCCGCAGGACCAGCCUCGCUAUGGCCACUCUUGAGCUGCGCUGCGCUCUAAAUAUUGUUGGAUCUAAAAAAAAACAAAAACAAACUAAAAAAAACUGACUGAGGUGCGUGUUCAUUUUCUGUGGAAUGAUGUCUGUUUCUUUUUGUUCCUGUAAGAUGUCGGCUUAUCAGUAUAAAUCAGUGUGCGUCAGCUUCAGAACAUUCCUACUACUGCCAUUUUACUGCUGUCGUACAAUACCUGAUUUCUGAGACUCAAGUUCCCAUGGAGUCCAUUAUAACGCAUUCAAGCACUUUUAUUUUUCACGACCACAGCUCAGUUUUAUUGUUUAUAAACUGAAUUUCAAUAUGUGUAUAUUAGAAAAGAAACUUGAAGUUAAAAUGAUGAAAUACUCAUGUUUUAUACCGUGAUUUUUGUAACCCAGUAGACAUACCUUGGAUGGGAAAAAGGAAUAUGUUUGGGGAAAUGUAAUUUUGCAGAAAUGCUCAUUUCACUUUCAAAAACAGAAUUAUUCUGAAAGGCAAAGCCAAGCAUGGUCUGGUUAUUUAACCCCAGUGCUGAUUUUUAUUGGUUGGUAACCAAUAAAAAGAAGGUUCUGUCCAAUUCAGUUUUCCCUCCCCAAAGUGUACCCUUUGGAAGCUGAGAGAAUGUAACCUUUUUACAAACAAAUUUUCUACCAAUUACAGGAAACUCUGCCCAGGUUAAAUUCAUUAACUUCAUGCGACUUUGCAAUGAUCAGGUCGUGUUUUUUAUUGUGUGAAUGAUACUUCUACUAUUCAAUGUGAUGUUGUUCGUUGGUUUGUUUGUUUGCUGAACUAUUGAGUUGGACCUUGAGAAAUUCUUAGUCUGGUUUUUAAAAUGGCGUUUCUUCCGGUGUCCAGGGGUAACCAGCAAGUCAACUGUUUGCUAUAUAUUUACUCAGCUUUAUCAGUUGCCAUUGCCAUUAAUGUCAUCAAUCAUUUGAAUUUGAUAUGAAUUAUUGAACACCAUUGAUUCAUAUUUAAACUGAGAGUUAAACCUUUCAUUUGUCAGUUAAGUGACACCAGUUGACCUAUUAUGACACAAGACUGAAUUAACUUGUAUUCAUUUGUGGCCAAUGUGUUUUUGCCAGUUAGUGCUAGGUUCCAGCAGAACAGAAUAGUCUUUUAUUAUUUAUUCAUUUUCAUUACUGCAGAUUAAUUCACUUGGGUUCAUGUUAUUAAUACAUUUAACUGCGUUUCAAUUAAAACACGCCCAAAGGAAGAUGCUGUCUUGUCUGGGCCUGUAAUUGUCACAACGUACAUAGUCUUUAUUUGGUGUAUAUUUCUUUAACCAGAAUUAUGGAAAUGUCUUGCCCAAUGGAGAAAUAUGCUUUGUGAAAUAGUGCAGGGUAUGUCUGUAUUAUACAGCACCACUCUGUGAAAGUGCUGUGAGUGGCAAUCUGGUGGGCUUUCAUUUUAAACCACAUUUGUAAGCGCCGAUCUUGGUGGGCUAGUACAACACACUAUUCUACGUCUUUUGUACACUUGUUUAGGGCAUUGUUUUGUUUUUGUUUUUUACCCCAAAUUAAAUGAAGCUGGCAUCUUCCUUUGUGCAAGUUUUAAAUGAACAACAGUAGGACAAUAAAUAAGAGCAGUCUGUACUGCAGGGAGCACAUCUACUGCAUUCAAGUGGCAAGACAAUCUCCGCUGUAGCAUUAUUGUCACUGAGGGGAUGAUGGAAAUGACAACUAAAUUGCACCGCACGAUAUAAAAUUAUGAUGUCAAAUCAAAUGUCUGGAAUUUGUGCAACAAAUGUGUCUGGUUAUGUGAAAGGGUUCUAGUUGUUUCAGUGUGAUAUUACAAGUAAAGCUUUGGAUGACUACCUUGAAUACAGCAUAUGGGAUGAAGAGCUGACUUGAGUGCCACCUGGUGGGUUGAGGAUGAAAAUGCUUUGAUUUUCGUGAGCUCUAAUUCGGCCUUCUACGAUCGAUGUAGCUGGAGGUUCUUACGUAGCUGACAGAAGGGGAUGUAUUGGGAUUUGGUGAGGUUUGGUGAGGUUUGGUGAUCUUUGCCAUUCCAGUGGAAAUAAUUUUAAUAGGAUCAUUGAUAUCAGUGUUUACGUUCAUCAUGAUUUUCAGAGGAACAGUGACUUUUUUUUUUUUUUUUUUUGCUUUUGUAGACACUUUGGAUCUUGUAAAUGACAGUACAUGGAAAUGCUUUGAAAUUAUACUCAUGAGUCUUUUUUUUUGAGAAGACAGCAGGAAUUGUAAUGCCAUCUAGUGGGCGAUGUGUGAACUUGAAGCAGACUGUAUUUGUUUGUGUACAUACUGUACCCUUUCUAAUAUCCAAAAGGCUCUGUGCAAUUGGUUAUUUGAAGUGCAAUUACCCUCCUUGGACCAAUCAGUGACAGGUAACAUGGCCGUUUUCCCAUUGGUUUUCUGUGUGUAAGGUUAAAGGCACACAGUUUCUAUUUUAUUUAUUGAGAAAAUACCGUGCACACAUGAAUCACGGUAAAAAUGUGAUUUUAUGCAACUAACACAUCAAAUCACUGGCUUGAGCAUUUAGACAUGUAACAUCCCUUUCCCACAAUGCACCACAACUUACUGCAAUGUACUCUCACUAUCUCUUUCUAUUCUGGGAGCAUGACUUGGUGGGCCAUGACUGUUAUCUCUGUCUCUCACACAUCAUCUGCAAACUCGAAGAUGCCUAACAUCACCCAGCUACCGCAUACAGAAAUAGUAACUUUCAGUUAGUUGAUAUCUGGUUUCAUAAAUGUGCAGUGUCUGUUGUUAUUUGAAUGAACUUUUAAUUUUUUGUUGCAGUAACCUAUCAACCGAGCAUGUAAUUAUGUCGGGGAGCUGGCUCCUUUGGUGAGUUGAGAGCUCAAAUGAUGCUCAAACCCAAACUAGGCGCCAUUUCAUUAUUGUAUUUGGAAGCAUGAUUUUGUCAGGCUUCUUAGACUAUGAAUUAGUUAGUAAUUUACUGAAACUGAAGUGUGAGUAAAUGAACAUUUUCUGUAUGACUUCUCCGCCUCUGUUAGCUGUCAAAUUCUGUUCAGUCAUUUCUAUUGCAGCACAUACACGGUUUUGCAUCGACUUGCUUAAAUGGAGAUUUACAGAGAGCCCCCUUCAUUUGUCUCACUCAAAGAAACUCUAAUGUGAGGAAAUGGAAAGAAUGCAUCGUUCGAAUCCCUUCAGACCCGGCGCUUUGCUUUUGCUUUAAAUGUGUUAUUUGCAUAAAAUGACAGUGCUUUACUACUGACUCUGUUGAGCAAACAUGACCUUUAUUUUAUUCAUGUUAUCCCUGCAUUGUGUUCUGCACAUUUUGAUUGUGAACUUGCUUGUGUAAAAAAAAAAAAAAAAAUUGGGUAUGAGUUUGUUCAAAAGAAUAUUGAUGUUUUUUGAGUAAUUUAAUUUCCCAUUUUUAAAAAAACAGAUAACAUUGAAAUCAACCAAAUAAAAUUAAGUAAACUUUUAAUAUAAA